CUUCGAUAUAGUUUUCCAUAAUUAUGAAAAAUCUGUGAUGAAUCAUUUAUUUGAUUGACGAUGCAUCGAAUUGAUGAAUAAUUUAAUGAAGAAAGUCAGUAUUUGUUUGAAAUAUGAAGUAGAAGAAAAGAUGAGUUUUAUAACUUCAAGAAAUAAAAUAUUCGACUAACGGAUGAGGUUUUUUUUAAAUAAUAUUGUGAAAAGCGAUUAUUGGAAUUUUUUUAUAGAAAAGUUUAUUUUAAAGUGUAAUUUUUAAUUUUCGAGUCAGUGCGCAAGUUUGAAGACAAUUAGAAAACUGCGGUUCAACAAAACAAAAGAUGUUGCAGUAAGUGGAUUUCAAAAAGGAAUAAAGAUCAAAUAACAUUCGUGUAAAUAAUUUUUCUUUUUCAAAUGCAAAAAAGUGCGGUUCACUAAUUAUUAUUAUUAUUAUAUUAUUCAACGAAAGUUCGCGAUUCAAGUAUAUAAAGUCGAAAGCGUUGUACAUUUGUAAAUUUGUGUAAAAAAAAAAUUUGGAAGAAAUUUGCCUAUUAAUUAAGUCAAUUGCAAUGAUUUACGUGAAGUGGUGAUUUUUUCUUUUUUUGUGAAAACACGCAUUGGAACCAAGUUCAGCGUCUUUACAUUUACACAGAAGACUGAAAUGUAUUCAUCAUUCCAAGUAACAUAUCGCUCAACAGACACAAGAAUCCUUGGAUUCCCAUCAUCAGCUAUUGGAAAUAUUUAAUCCGGUGGUCCGGUGGCUCUACGGAUAGAAGAGGGUGAUGGCCCGUACGACGCGUACUCGACGAAAAAUGGCGAAUACGACGGGCUCUCCCACUUCCACGGGUAGCCUUCUAUCAACCCCUUCGACGAUACCGUUCACCAAUUCAACGUCGGCAACCUAUUCCACCGAGGGUUACAUUUUUAACUACAGUGGCCUCGCCAGCCAAGAGGGUUACUUACUCAACGAUCUCAAUUACACUGAGUUGUGGGUGGACGUUUGGAACAGCACCGAGGCCAGUAAUAUCACUGAAAGACUCAAUGUUACAAUCCUAUCAACUGAAAGCUACUGCGACGAAUGGGAGUCCGCUCAACACAAACUCUUUCAAGCAGCAAAUCUUUUCUUCGCAGCAGCUUUUCUUGUUCCGAGAUCUUUUAAGGCGUCCAUUCUUGCGCUGAGAACAUUUCUAACUGCCGGAUUUAUGUUGUCGGCACUCUGGGCGGGAAUAACAAUUUGUGCAUUAGACGCAAUGCUCUGGUGUCUGGCUCUAGGUCUACUCAAUGGAAUCCACUCACUUAUUUUGGCCUGUAGAUUUUUACCACCGGCACUCAGUCCCGAGCUCGCUGAAUUAUAUCUCAAACUCUUUAAACCCUAUAAAGUCAGCAAAAAGCAUUUUCAAGAACUUGCGAAGGAGGCGAGAAUUUUGAAAUUAGAUCCUGGUCAAACUUACGCAACUGAGGGUGUCAGUGCGGCUGACGAGAGGCUAUCGAUACUCCUUCGUGGCAAGUUAAAGGUGACGUGCGACGGAACGCAUUUGCACUAUGUGAGACAGUAUCAAUUCGUGGACUCUCCGGAAUGGGAGGCGACCCAUGAGAAUCUCGACGAUGUCUUCCAGGUCACCAUUAGAGCUGAGGAGUCGAGUACAUAUAUUUGUUGGACGAGAUUAAAACUCCUCAGGGUAUUGAGGCACAGGCCCCUAUUGAAAGUAGUCAUCAAUACACUCAUUGGAAAGGAUAUAACAUCAAAAUUGUACGCCCUUAAUGAACAACUGGCGGGUGUUGCCGCCGCACACGAACACGCCGUUUCGAAUCCCUAUCGUGGUGUCGCCCGAAGUCUCAGUGUCGACGCUGUGAAUACAGAAACUGCCGGUAGAGUUCGUUCCACGACGUGGAAAGCCCACAGAAGAUACAGCAACGCUCGCAGUGACAAAAGUUCACCGGCACGAUUUUCUCACCAAUAUUGGGCACCGGUGGUAGCGAAUCAUUUUCCGUCAACUUCGCCAUUCACCCAAACUCCAAGUGUCUAUGCCGGAUAUUCGGGGUAUUCGAUGUUACCUCAGGGUAUCCAGUUUUCGCCACCUCCGCGAAUUUCAAGCUCCUCGCAUCAAGCUUUAUCGCGACAACGAAGCGGUGGUGCCAGUGGCGAUUAUACUUUACUGCCACAGACUCCGAAACUCGAGAGGAAGCGCUCGAAAAAAGCCGUCAGAGAGGUGACAUUUGAGACACCUGUAUGACGGUCGCUCGACGGGGAAGGCCCCGCAAGUGUGCCACUGCUGUCGUUGUCACCACAACGUGCCGCCUAGCCCCGUCUUGUUAAUAAAAAAACUGCAAAUUUCGUUACUAGAUUCAUCGUUUAGUGAAACUUUAACAAAAGAAACAACGUUCACGUAUGCGACGUUGGGCCUAAUAUGUGAUCCGGUUUCAUUUUCUUUUUUUUUUAACAGUGCCAAGACGAAUUCCAUAUUCAACAAAGGAAUUUGUUGAUACAAAAAACAAAAAUAAACGAAAAAGACGAUAAAGUUAUAAAUAAGAAGAUGACAAUUUUUCUUCUUUUUCUUUUUUUAAAGUAUAAAUGUGCAGUGAAUUAGAAACGUGUUUUGACGGAGUAGAAAUCUUAUUUACAAAAAUAUAACAAUGAAGUUUAAAGAAAAAAAAAAAAAAAAAAAAAAAAUAAGAGAGACGGUGAAAAAAAGAACGUAAAUAUAUAUAUAAAAGUGUUUGACGUGCAACUUGACCCUCAUUCGAUAAAAAGAGGCGAUCAAUCAUCUUCUUCCGCAACGCGAAUUACGUUCCGCUAUAACGUAAUAUAGUGAUCACUAGACUCUAAUUUAUAAUGACCUUCCAGUAAGGCGGUGUCGAUGAUCGAAUAAUCGACGAUUAAAAAGAUAUGAAAUACCGGAAAAAAAAUUUAUCAGGAACUUGAUUGUGUAGAAUAGAAAAUUCUAGUGAAGAUGAAAUUGUGUAUAGAUACGAUGACUGAGUUUUCAUGGCUGUACGUAAUUUUAAGAAAAUUAUUUAUUUUCUUUUUUUCUUGAAAUUCAUCAUUUUUAGAUUUU